AUGGCAGUUCAACAAAGAAAUAAGAAUGCCGGCAGAAAGUCCGAUAAAAAUGCCCCAUCAGUUCCACAGGUAGAUGCAUCAUUAGAUAAACCGCUUGAUGUUGAUGCUCCUCCUACCAUCUACAGUGUUAGUUUGAAGCCAGAAUAUGGCACAGCUGCAUUAAAUUUGUCCGCCGAUUUUAUCAGACAAGAACAGGCGUUGGCCAAUAAGUAUUUGUUCUUCCAUCCCGUCAUCCUUGUUGUCCUAACCAUUGGGCUGCUUAUUUACUUGACUCCAAGGAUUGUCUUUCCGAUAAGGAACACAGGGUCUAUCGCCGGGUGGUUCUACCAGCUGGCUCGUAUUAAUAAGAAAGACGUCCUCACUGGCUUAGUGUUCACUGCAAUCGGUGCUUCUUUCUUGUUCACCCUACUUUCUCGUGUAUCCGACUCAUAUUUCAAGUCCAAGAUCAGCCAACUUGUUGGCUCUAAGGGUGAGAAAGUUUUUGGUAUCAACUUGAACGAUUUGGUGGCGAAACACGAAACGGAAGAUCCAGUAGUGAAGAACACACAUAUCAUAGUUUAUAGGGAAACACCCAUUGCAUUGAUUUCGUUGGCCCCCAACUUGACUCUAACUAACGAUGAUAACUUAGUCAUGAGUGUUACUACUGUGGGUUGUCGUCGUGUAUAUGUAAAAAGUGGCAUUAUCGAAGAUUUGAUUGACUGGGCUAUGUUACAUUCCAAAAAUAUUAGAAAUAACGGCAAAUACGGAGAGACUAUGAAGCUUUUGAUUGAUGUCUACUCUUUCGAUAGCACGCUUAGGGAAAUCCUGAAGAAAAAAGGGUUCACUUAUAUUAAAAGCAUUAGAGUCUCUGAAAACCGAUUACUAGGCGGUUUGUUCGGUGUCAAGAAGGAAUUGUGGGGUCUGCAAUUCCACUUCAAAACCGAACGCAAGGACUAG